GAGAGAGGGAGGCAGGCAGAGAGAGAAAGAGGGACAAGCAGAGCAGAGGUGGUGAGAGUGAGGAAGGGAAGAAAGAGAGACAUGACAAAAAUAUCAAAAGGCAGAAAGCACGCCGUACCAUGCGAGCUAAAUUGGUGACCGAUGGGAUCGAGGAUGUCGGAUUAAUGGUGACGACCGCAGCCCGUUUUCACAGAGGAAGCUUCUCUAUUGCAACUUGGGCGCAGAGGGUCCGCGGGGAAACAUGGCCGAAGGAGGGCCGGGUAAAGGUGGCGGAGAAGACCCCGCCAAGUCCACCGAGCAGGAGGACCGGACUCGACCUCAGAUCCUGUCGGGAUCGGGCUUCUGCAAAUGGUUCAACGUCCGAAUGGGCUUUGGAUUUAUCUCAAUGACCAGCAGCGAAGGGAGCCCCGUUGACCCCCCUCUGGAUGUUUUCGUCCACCAAAGCAAACUGGUGAUGGAGGGCUUCCGCAGCUUAAAGGAGGGUGAGCAGGUGGAGUUUACCUAUAAGAAGUCCUGUAAGGGCCUGGAGUCCCUGCGGGUGACCGGACCUGGUGGGGGACCCUGCGCGGGCAGCGAGAGAAGACCCAAGGGGAAGGUCCCAAUCCAGAAACGCAAACCAAAGGGAGACCGGAAUGUAAUGAUUCAUACGUACCAGUCUCGGCUUCAUCCAACAAAAGCUGAAUAUAUCUGUUAUAACUGUGGAGGUCUGGAUCACCAUGCCAAGGAGUGUGGCCUGCCCCCCCAGCCAAAGAAAUGCCACUACUGCCAGAGCAUCACGCACAUGGUGGCUCAGUGUCCCCACAAGGCGCUGGCGCCCGCCACAGGCUCUCAGGACCAACAUGCGUCUACCUCGGCCUUCAGCCCAGGGACCGGGCCCUACCUCUGCCCCCCAGAGGAGGAGGAGCGCUCUGCCUCGUCUCCCCUGGAGGGCUCCUCCUCUUCCCCAGAGGAGCCCCACACACACCGGGGACCCCGGACCCAGAGGUGGAGGAAAUCCUGAAGACAGCCCAUAGAGGUGAACCUUUCACCGCUUACUCCUGACCCUCAUGUCUCCACUCAAUCAAGGAUAUCUGAAGCCCCCCCCUCAUCUACCUCACACCUGUGAAAAAAAUGGGAGGUCUUGAUUUCUUUACUGUUAAUUUUGUAUUUUUAUUUUUCUAACCAGCGCAGCUAUGGCAACGAUCAAUGGGGUACGGACGUUUGUGAAUGUGUGUCACUGACUUGCAGUCAUCUUGUGCAGCUAUGGACUGCAGGGAAUGACUUGUUUCAAUCAGGGCAGCUCAAGAUUGAAACAACAAUGUAUGAAUCUUGUUUUUAUUCUCCUUGGACCUAAGUGUUGGCCACUUCGAAUGUUUUUUCGUUACAGAUGUUGUCGAUUUUAACGCCCCAAAUUUUUAUCCUGUAGGCCUAAUCAUUCCGCAAAUCAUGUUGCAUCCUUUUGGCACACACAGUAAAUUUUUUUUUAAGAAGGAUUAGAAGAGGACUUUUAAAAGCUCAGAACCCUCUAAGCAAUAAUCCAGACCCAUUGGAUUGUUACCUUGGCUUAUGAAGAUCUUUAGGGAAACUUUAUGGAUUCCAGAGGGAAUUUUUAAAACGACGGUGAGCUGCUAAAAAGAAAUUCUCUAUAGUCUGGAAACACACGCUACAAACCUCUCUCUUACAUGAAAUAGACUGGACCAACUGAUUGUCACUGAGUGAGCAUGUGUGUUUGUGCAAGACUGAGAGAGGAAACAGGAACGUGUGUGCUUGUAUGUGUGUGUUGUGCAUGCUCUGAAAGAACGCUGUCAGACUGGCCUCUGCUCCAGGUGCGGGUCAACACUAAUAACGUUCUGGUUUCCUGUUAUUAUAGAUAGACCAUUUUAAAUAAGACUAUCAUAUAAUCCAGUUAGAUCAUAGUUUAGUUUUGAUCAUUAGACAUUUUGGUUGUUGCAUAAUUAGUUGAAAAUAACAUUACAGUUUAUAAAUCAUAGUAUAAGUCAUUAAUAUAUGUAAAGUCACAAGAUAUAAUUAAAAUUCUAUUAACUUUAAGUAAUGCAUAUAUAAGGAAUCGGCUCUGACAUAGGUGAAUAGCCCUGUAUAUUGCAUGGGAUAUUUUGUCGUUGUUUGAAAACUCCUAACUUGUUCUCUAUUUAACCGUUUUAAUCCAAAACAAAUCAAACUGACCU